AUGACUACGUCUAUCCUCGUCCUCGGUCUCGGCGAGCUCGGCGAGGAAGUCGUGAAGGCGAUUGCGCUCCAUCGCAGACGCGACAGCACCCAAGUCUCGGUCCUCCUUCGAUCAAGAAAGCCGGAUCAAAUCAGCAGACUAGAGCAGUGGAAUGUAUCGCUCGUUAAGGGAGAUGUCGACCAAUCCUCACAGGACGAAUUGGCCGCUAUUUUCAAAGACUUUGGUACCGUGAUCUGCUGCAUCGGAAUGUAUUCGCCUCCAUCGAUGCAGAUCAAGAUAGCAAAGGCAGUGCUUGAUGCAGAGGUGAAGAGAUACUUCCCGUGGCAAUUCGGCAUUGACUACGACAUCAUCGGUCGCGGCAAAGCACAAGAUCUCUUCGACAGCCAAGUUGACGUUCGCGACAUCCUUCGCAGCCAAUAUUCGACAAAGUGGGUCAUCGUGAGCACUGGACUCUUCAUCCCAUUCUUCUUCGAGCCUGCCUUUGGAAUUGUCAAUGCUGAGAGGACGGUCGUAACUGCGAUUGGAGGUUGGGAGAAUAAAUUAACCGCCACCAAUCCUGAAGACAUCGGCAAAUGCGUUGCUGAGCUGGCACUCGUCGAUACAGAUGCUCAAGGUGUGGUUUACGUUUCCGGGGACACAAUUUCAAUCGCGAAGUUAGCGGAUGUGGUUGAGGAUGUUAUGGGAAAGAAGGUUGAGAGGGUCUUGAAAACUGUACCUGACUUGAAGAAGGAGCUUUCUGAUAGUCCUGAUGAUGCUAUGACCAAAUAUCGGGUUGUGUUCGGCGAAGGCACUGGAACAUCUUGGUCGAGGGAGGACUCGUAUAACGCGAAGAAAGGUAUGGAGACGCAGUCAGUCGCAGACUGGGCGAAGAAGAACCUCCAGCUCGUGCAAUAA